AUGUCGAAAAAGGCACUGCUCAUCUCUAGCGUCUAUGGUGCUCUUAAGGGGCCCCAAAACGAUGUUGAAAAGAUGGCCCAGGUCCUCGGCGAUCUGGGAUUCGUCAUCAGCCUGUGCUGCGGAACUGGCGCGACUCGCGCGGGCAUUCUGACAGCCUGGGAACAACUCAUCGACAACAUCGGGCCAGGGGACUCCAUCGUCAUUUAUUACUCUGGACAUGGCGGGACUGUGCAAUCCCCGCGCUCUGUGGACGGCGCCACUCACAGUACGUUUGCUCGUGACCGGGCGGCUCCUUGGAAGUAUCAAUAUCUCGUCCCCGUGGACUUUGGGGAGCGGGAAAACAACGAGUUUCGAGGGAUCCUGGACGUGGAAAUGUCGCACCUGCUGCACGCCAUGACGGAGAAGACGAGGAAUGUCACCACCAUAUUGGACUGCUGCUUCGCUGGGGGCAUGGUUCGCGACCCAGGCCUCGCCGACACCGCCGUCCCCAAGGGAGUCCCCAGCACAGCGUACGCCGAUGUCGUCGACCACGUCAACAGUCUCCGAGCACGCGGCUGGAGCCUGGACGAGGCUCAUGUGGACGAAAACCCCCUCGCGGUGCGGAUCGCCGCCGCGACCGCGAGCGAAACGGCCUGGGAGUACCAAAACUCUCGGGGCGAAUGGCGCGGGGCGAUGACGGAAGCUUUGGAGAGCGUCCUCGCCGCAAGCAAGGGAAACCAUAUCUCGUGGCGGACUCUCCUGCUGCGGGUGUCGGAGAUGGUCACGGUACAAUUCCCCUAUCAGCACCCCCAAGUAGAGGGGCCCCGUAAUCGACUCACAUUCUCCGUCCAGGAGAUCGCAUCCCAGGGGUUCCAUGUUCGCGAGGAAGACGACCGCGUCGCCAUUCAGGCCGGACGGGUUUCUGGUGUCCACAAAGGAAGCAUAUACUCGGUGGUGCCCAUCGGCGCGGAGAAGCCAGUCGUGGGCCAGGAGCUCGCAAGCGCGCGCGUCACUUACGCGGGCCCUUUCAAGGCGUAUGUCGAGCUGCGACCAGGCACCGCAUCGACAGGAGGCUUGCCACCCGACGGCGCCCUCGCCUUCCUUCAGCACGACGCUGUCUACAAGUGGCCCGUGACUCUGCCCGUGACUCUGCCCGCCGACCUCACGUGGCUGCCGGGAAUGGUGGAGGCGUCCAGGUUCAUCCGGCCAGCAGCACCCGACGACGGGGAGUUGAUCCUGGCCGAGUUCAAGAAAGACUCGGACACGAUCUUCCUGUUCAGUAACCGCGGUCACGUCGUGGCCACGUUGUCCGCCAACGCGGGCCCGGACGAGAGACGCAAACUUGUCCGGCGCGCUGAACGACUCGCCCGCGGCCGGCAUCUCCUCUCGUUGAACCACGAGACCGAUGUCGAGAUUCUUCGGCACGCCGUAAACGUCACGUUUGGAGUGGUCGAUGCGGGCCCCCUCGGCGGCGGCGGCCGCCGCGGGAGAACCAUUCGACAAGACGGAGGGGACGAUCUGCGCGAAGGAGACUCCGUGUACGUGGAGCUGGUCAACUGCGGCGUCGAGACCGUCUUCGUGUGGGUCUUCGACGUCAACGCCGGAGGUAAAGUCAGCCGCGUCUCCCGCUCCAACUCGACGGGGAUCGAGAUGCCCCCCGGUCGACACGAAGUCCUCGGCUCUCGCAACGACGGCCUGGGGCUCAAAGGCUUGCCCGUCAGUUGGCCCGAGGACCUGCCCAGGACGACUCCGCUGGAAGAGACGCUCGUCUUCAUCUUCACGAGUUCGCCCGUCGACCUCCACCACCUCUCGUCGGACCCGGGCGACGGCCCGCCUCCCUCCCGGACGGGCCUGUCACACUUGGAACAACUCACCUACAGCAUCGCGACCGGAGCCAUGCGGGCCGUCACCCUAGAUGAAGACAGCGACCCAAUCCGCUACUCGAUUUCGUAUAUUCCUUUUCGACUUCAUCCCCAUCCCCUUUGA